GGAUUCCCCUUUGAAUGACCGAUACGGUACCGUCCGACCACUGUGUGUGUGUCUCUUGCCUGUCAUGGAGAUGCAGCGACGGCACGCUCUCGCUGCGUUGCGCUGUGAAUAAAAUCGGCGCCUUCCACCCUCUUCCGUUCCUGCCUUUUCCCUCUCUUUCUCACUCACACUACGGAAGGCAUUCGUCCUAGAGGUUGCCGUCGUCCUCGGUCAAUCAUCGCGAGACUCCGUUCGUGUGCGCAUCCUUUCCUAGAGGUCUACCCCCUAGAACCUGGUUGGAUCGACAACAAAACGCGACGCAGCCCCCGCCGCCUGCCUUCGGGCCCCCGACUCCUAGAACACCUACAGAAACUGCUCUCUCUCUCUUAAUUACCAUUCAAUAAUUGGGCAGCGAGCAGUGCUCUCUGCAUUACGCUACAGCCGCCAUGGCUGAUAAUAAUGCCACCACCGGCCCUGCGCUGAACACGCAGAUAGAGUCGGGCAAGUUCGACGAGAAGAAUCCCGCCAUCACCAAGAAGCCCGUUGAGGAGGAGGAGGAAGAUGAGGACAUCGAUGCCCUCAUCGAGGACCUCGAAUCCGUCGAUGGUCACGAAGAUGAGGAAGAUGAGGAGGAGGGCGCCGCUCCGGGCGCCGGCCGUGUUGUCCCCGAGGACAUGCUGCAAACCUCGACUCGCACGGGUCUGACGGAGCAGGAGGUGCAGGCGCGCCGCAAGAAGUACGGCCUUAACCAAAUGAAGGAGGAGAAGGAGAACAUGAUCCUGAAGUUCUUCUCGUACUUCAUCGGUCCCGUCCAGUUCGUCAUGGAGGCUGCCGUUCUUCUGGCUGCUGCGCUCCAGCACUGGGUCGACUUCGCUGUCAUUAUCGCUCUUCUGCUGCUUAACGCCUGUGUUGGUUUCAUCCAGGAGUUCCAGGCCGGUUCCAUUGUCGACGAGCUCAAGAAGACUCUUGCUCUCAAGGCUGUUGUUCUCCGUGACGGUAACCUCAAGGAGGUUGAGGCUCCCGAGGUUGUUCCCGGCGAUAUCCUGCAGGUUGAGGAGGGUACCAUCAUUCCCGCCGACGGCCGCAUCGUUACCGAGGAUGCCUUCCUUCAGGUUGACCAGUCCGCCAUCACGGGCGAGUCCCUCGCUGUCGACAAGCACAAGGGUGACCAGUGCUACGCCUCGUCCGCCGUCAAGCGUGGUGAGGCCUUUGUCGUCAUCACCGCCACCGGAGACAACACCUUCGUCGGUCGCGCCGCCGCUCUCGUCAACGCCGCCUCCGCCGGGACUGGUCACUUCACCGAGGUCCUCAACGGCAUCGGCACAGUGCUCCUGAUCCUGGUCGUCUUCACCAACCUGGUUGUCUGGGUUUCCUCGUUCUACCGCUCCAACGGCAUUGUCCAGAUCCUCGAGUUCACCCUGGCCAUCACCAUCAUCGGUGUGCCCGUCGGUCUCCCCGCUGUCGUCACCACCACCAUGGCUGUCGGUGCCGCCUACCUCGCCAAGAAGAAGGCCAUCGUCCAGAAGCUCAGCGCCAUCGAGUCCCUUGCUGGUGUCGAGAUUCUGUGCUCUGACAAGACCGGUACCCUCACCAAGAACAAGCUGUCACUGUCCGAGCCCUACACUGUCGCUGGUGUCGAGCCCGAAGACCUGAUGCUCACUGCCUGCCUUGCUGCCUCGCGCAAGAAGAAGGGUAUCGACGCCAUCGACAAGGCUUUCCUCAAGGCUCUCAAGUACUACCCCCGCGCCAAGGCCGCCGUCUCCAAGUACAAGGUCAUCGACUUCCACCCCUUUGACCCCGUCUCCAAGAAGGUUGUCGCCGUCGUCGAGUCCCCCCAGGGCGAGCGCAUUACCUGCGUCAAGGGUGCCCCGCUUUUCGUUCUCAAGACCGUCGAGGAGGACCACCCCAUCGAGGAGGAGGUUGACCAGGCCUACAAGAACAAGGUUGCCGAGUUCGCUACCCGUGGUUUCCGCUCUCUGGGUGUUGCCCGCAAGCGGGGUGAGGGUGCUUGGGAGAUCCUCGGAAUCAUGCCCUGCUCUGACCCCCCGCGCCACGACACUGCCCGCACCAUCAACGAGGCCAAGAACCUGGGUCUGUCCAUCAAGAUGCUUACUGGUGACGCCGUCGGUAUCGCUCGUGAGACCUCGCGCCAGCUCGGUCUCGGCACCAACGUCUACAACGCUGAGCGCCUCGGUCUCGGUGGUGGUGGUGACAUGCCCGGCUCUGAGGUUUACGAUUUCGUUGAGGCUGCCGAUGGUUUCGCCGAGGUCUUCCCCCAGCACAAGUACAACGUCGUCGAGAUCCUGCAGCAGCGUGGCUACCUCGUUGCCAUGACUGGUGACGGUGUCAACGACGCUCCCUCGCUGAAGAAGGCCGAUACUGGUAUCGCCGUCGAGGGUUCCUCCGACGCCGCUCGCUCCGCCGCCGACAUCGUCUUCCUUGCUCCUGGUCUGGGUGCCAUUAUCGAUGCCCUCAAGACUUCCCGCCAGAUCUUCCACCGCAUGUACGCCUACGUUGUCUACCGUAUUGCGCUGUCCAUCCACCUGGAGAUCUACCUCGGCAUCCUGAUUGCCGCGCUCAACCAGUCCCUCAAGAUCGAGCUUGUCGCUUUCAUCGCCAUCUUUGCUGACGUCGCCACUCUCGCCAUCGCCUACGACAACGCUCCCUUCUCCAAGUCUCCCGUCAAGUGGAACCUGCCCAAGCUCUGGGGUAUGUCUAUCCUGCUCGGUGUCGUCCUGGCCAUCGGUACCUUCAUUGCCGUUACCACCAUGUUCGUCCACGGUGAGGACGGUGGUAUCGUCCAGAACAACGGUCAGCUCGAUGCUGUCGUCUUCCUUGAGAUCUCCCUCACCGAGAACUGGCUCAUCUUCAUCACCCGUGCCAACGGUCCCUUCUGGUCUUCGAUCCCCUCGUGGCAGCUCUCGGGCGCCAUCUUCAUCGUCGACAUUGUUGCUUCGCUCUUUGCUAUCUUCGGCUGGUUCGUUGGAAACAAGCCCACCCACAUUGUUGCUGUCGUCCGUAUCUGGGUCUUCUCGUUCGGCGUCUUCUGCAUCAUGGGUGGUCUCUACUACCUCCUGCAGGACAGCGCCGGCUUCGACAACCUCAUGCAUGGCAAGUCCCCCAAGGGCAGCCAGAAGCAGAGGUCGCUCGAGGACUUUGUUGUCUCUCUCCAGCGCGUCUCGACCCAGCACGAGAAGUCGCAAUAAGCGUUUCAUUCAGGGUGGUUCGCAAAUUUUUCAUGGGCCAACUCUGCGGUUGUUUUUACAGGGAUGAUUGGAAAGGAACCAUGUUACAUACCCCAAUGUUGUCCACGCUGGUUGUCUAUGCGCCGUAGGUCGGUGCCUGUCUCUCCAGUAUCUGUGAGGACGGCUAUCCUUCCUUUGGAUGACUGGCGUGACUCAACUGCGACUUAUUUUCUUAUGUCUUAAAUUUGUCACGAUGAUCAGGGAUGGUAGACGUUGAAUCGACACACUCUGAUCAGGUCAUUAGAGACGACAUUAAUGCUAAAAAAGUAAAAUUACGUGGUCUAUACCAUGCAAAAACCUGUUCCAUCCAUGGUUUGUGAUUUUUUGUUGUGCUGCUUCUGCUUGGUGCCCGGUGUG